UAUUUUUAUUAUCAAAAUCAAUUUUAUCAAUCCAAUCCUACCUAAAACAUUUAAAACUGAGGCCCCUGUCCUACCUUGAUCGAGCUACCUCGUUGGUUCCAUUACUGCUCUGUAUUCUACUUCAAAAUGAAGCAUCAACUCUCAUAUAUAACUUUAUCUAAAAGAUUUAACAAAAAUAUUUGGUAAAUAAUCAUUUUUGAUUUUUCAGAUAAGAUGGCAGAUAUAGACUUCAGUACGUUUCCUUGGACACAUCCUAACAUAUUUACAAAUAUGAUGCUGGGAACCAGUUCUAGCGCAACCAUACUGGCCUGCCGGGUAGUGUGUCAAGAUUGGAGGAACUGGUUUAAUAAGAAUCAGAUUUGGGGCAAAUAUUUCAAAAUCAGGAAAAGGCAGAUAAUAGAGAAGCUAAAGAAGUCUCAAUCUGAUCAAUUUCUUGUUGAUGUUUCUAUUUACAGAAUUGAACGAUUGAUAGAGGAAUUAGAGAAAGAAGAAGAAGUACCGGAAGAAAACUAUCUGAAAAUAUCGAUUCAAAUUGAAAAAUGUGUCAGGCAGCUGGAAAUUGGCCUUGUCCCAAUCUUUCCUCAGAGCACAUACCGCUAUGUAACUGAACUGCUUGAGCUUGGAUCCCCAGCAGGAACUGGGAUUAAAUCUGUUGGACCCGUCUCACUCUUUAUUAAAAUAAAGGUAGAUGAUCCCCUGGUAGUGAGGGUUGCAAGUGAGAUACUGAACAAGUAUUUAACCAGUAUUAUCGUGGACAAGUCAGCAAGAGAUAAUCAAGCAAUGCAAAUAUUUGUGAUGAGAGCAAUGGCAACUGGGCAGAACUGGGUUUUCAGAUAUUUCAAUCCUGCGUUGGAAUCUCAACAGGAGGCCGAGGUCUAUUGCUCCGAAGCUGAGGCUAGGCGAGCCUCAGCUCUCAAGGGAACUUUACAGAUCCAAGCCUCAACAACAUUAACCUCGAAUCCAUCAACUACAUCCUCCAGUAUAGUCUCUACAACCUCAUAUCUCUUCUCUAACCAUAUACCGGAGAAGAAUAAGGAUGUUUCUCUAAAAAGGAAACUGGAGGAAGAGGAGGGAGACUCCAAGAAGCAAAAGCUUGAAGAAGAGGAUGAAGAAGAAGAGGACAGUAUUUACAGUUGUAUUAGAGUACAGUCCAACCCUCACUUCCCAACCAUUCUAGAACUUUUAGAUAUAGAUCAUCCUGUUAUUCUUAAGGCUCUGGUGGAUAGGUUCAAGAUAGAUCGUCUUCUGUUGGUUCCAAACCUGGAGAAGUUUAUUCUACACCAGGAAAAGUAUUCCGGACUUAUUGAGAAAGGAUUUGAAAUCAUCGGAAGGGAUCAGGACGGGAGUGUGAGUAAAAUAGAUCCUGCCAAAGAUUUCUUUGAAUCGGAGCACGCUGUAGUUGGAUAUAUGGAAAACAUUGCAUCCUAUGGUCUAGCUAGAAACCAGCUACUUUAUUGGGGAGGAACUGAUGUCAGAAAUAGAUGGGAAGAAUUUAGUAAACAACUCGCAGAUAUGGACCAGCCAACAAAAAGCUCAGAGGUAAAAUGCCGGAGUAAACUGAAUUUACCAGUUGCCUGUAUUGGAACCUCUUCUAGUUCAUCUAACUCAGAGACAAGUGCUGAGUCUCUAGUGGCAAUACUGGCUGCCCGGGGGAUCUCUUUGACUAGAAAUUAAAUAAAGAGGAAGUUCGAACUAAAUUUAAAAAGGAACAGCAGAGGACCCUUAACUUUAAGAAUGGCAUGUCCUAUUCACAACUGUAUUCUUUAAAUCUUUGUCUGAUUUUCGAUAAUGAUCCUUUUUUUCUCGCUGAAAAUUAGGUGCCGGGAAAUUUGAGUGUACAGAAUACAUUGACUUCACAAGUUUAUGAAAGAACUCAAUUUUUAGCUGGAGUGUAUGUAGAUAAUAUGUAACUUAAUGAAACAAGUAUUAAUGAAUAAUUAAUAUCAUUCCUUUUUAUUAAUUUUUGGGAUUAGUAAACUCAGUAAGGAAAAAUGAAAGAAUGAUUAAAAAAUGACACAAAAAGGAAAAAAAUCUCUAUCUUUUAUUUUCAUCCUACAAACUUUAUCUCAAUGUCUAACUAUGUUAAAUCUGUUCAGAAUUCAGUUCACCUCCCACCGAUGGCUUAGUUUAAUUUGACAGAAAUUCCUUAAUUUGAAUACAUUUUUAAUUUAUCAUAUGCGUCCUGUAAAUCCACUUUAUUUUACCAAUGAGAUCUUCAACUUUCAGUUUCCAUCAAUUAAAGAUCAGGAUUCAUUUCCUACCUAAAAGGACUGUUAACGUCAUUAUAAAUGGCCCUCCAUGGAAAGAGCGACAUGACCGAUUCACAGUGGUACCCUUUAAACUGAGUAUUGUCAUAUGUAAGGCUUCAGAAGCAAUUGAGAAAUUAACAGAAGUAAAAACUUAUUAGCCAAAAAUAAACAACAUUAUCUUCCACACAAUUGAUCAGAUCAAGGCUUCAAGGGUACCAUUGGGAAUCGAGAAAAUGGGGAGCAAAUUAUAAUUAAAAUGACAGUUCCUUAGAACUGGAAGACAAUACUCCCCAAAAUUCUCAGAUUUAAAGACUUACAUCAUGAAUCCAAGCAUCAAAAGUUGCCGCUUCGGAUCUCCAGUUAAGUCGAAUGAAUGACGCAUUUCCCAACUAGUUUUUACCUCAGUUUAUAACCGUGAGUUAUCUUUAAUUAAUAAUGUAUUUAUUCUUGUAAUUGCAGUGAACUUAAAUAUUAAAUGAUCAAUUAUUUCUGUCGUUAAUUAACGUAAGGUGUAUUUAUAAUAAAUACACUUAUUUACAAGUUGCAAA